AUGGCACUCAGUCAGGACAUUUUGGUGGUAAUGAUGCUACUACAUGGAGUAAUGGGCACCAUGAUCAACCUCAACAAUAAUGGCUUUGAAGACAUUGUUAUUGCUAUUAAUCCAAUGAUACCUGAAGAUGCCAAAAUUAUUACCAGCAUAAAGAAUAUGGUUAAAGAAGCAUCCAAUUAUCUCAUCAGUGCUACGGAACGAAGAUUUUACUUUAAGUCUGUAAAAAUUAUAAUUCCACUGACAUGGACAUCAAAACCAGAGUAUAAAAAAGUAAUAAGAGAAUCCUACGAAAAAGCCGACAUCAUAGUAGCUGAUCCUCACUUGAAGUCUGGAGAUGAUCCUUACACCCUGCAGUUUGGAGGUUGUGGGAAACCAGGAAGAUAUAUUCAUUUCACGCCAACAUUUCUGACAAAUGACAAUUUGAUUGAGGUUUAUGGAUCUCGAGGUAGAGUCUUUGUCCAUGAGUGGGCUCAUCUCAGAUGGGGUGUCUUUGAUGAAUAUAAUUAUGAUGCUCCUUUUUAUGUUACUAAGGAAAAGGAAGUUGAAGCAACAAGAUGUUCAGCUAGUGUCACCGGUAUUUACAUAUUUCCAACUGGACCAGGACAACACAGAGACUGCAAAUUCCGGCAGGACAUUCAGAUGUAUGAACCAGGAUGUCAAUUUGUAGCUGAUAAAUCCCAAAGCACUCCAGUAUCUAUAAUGUAUAUGCAAAGUCUUCCUUCUGUUACUAUGUUCUGUAAUGAAAGCAAUCAUAAUAUUGAAGCACCAAAUCUGCAAAACAAAUUCUGCAACUAUAAGAGUACGUGGGAAGUAAUUAUGAAUUCCAUUGACUUCGCCUCUUCGUCUAUAAUAAAUACUCCUCCACCUGACCCCACUUUCACCUUGAUGCAAACACAUGAUAGAGUUAUCUGUUUAGUGCUUGAUGUCUCUACAAGCAUGAGAGAUUUUAACCGCAUUGCUCGUCUCAAGCAAGCUGCAGAAUUAUUCCUCCUACAAAUUAUUGAAAUUGGUUCCUGGGUUGGAAUUGUAACAUUUCAUAGCUCUGCCACCAUUAAUUCUGGCCUGCAACAGAUUGUCAGUGACAACAUACGACAGAAUCUUGUGAAUUAUUUGCCUACCACAGCUAGUGGAGGGACUAAUAUUUGUGCUGGAGUGCGGCAAGGAUUUCAGGUGAUUAAAACAAGAGAUGGAAGUACCGAAGGAGGUGAAAUUGUACUCUUAACAGAUGGAGAAGACUUAAGAAUGCAAGCUUGCUUUAAUGAAGUUAAAAGUAGUGGAUCAAUAAUUCACACCAUUGCUUUGGGGCCAAGUGCUGCAAAAGAGCUAGAAAUGCUGUCAACCAUGACAGGGGGAUUAAAAUUUGCUGCCUUUGAUAGUUUGGAUCCCAAUGGCCUCAUAGAUGUUUUCAGUGGAAUUUCAGCAGGAAGUGGAAAUAUUUAUCAACAGUCAAUUCAGCUUGAAAGUAAAAGUCAGACAGUUGAUGCCAACGGUAUUCUUAAUGGUAUUGUAUCCAUCGAUCACACUGUAGGAAAUGACACUUUUUUUGUAAUUACAUGGAGUGAAGCCUAUUCUAAACCUGAAAUUCUUCUGACGGAUCCAAAAGGGAAAACAUAUCAUCCUAAUGAUUUUGUAGUUGACAACACCAAUGUCAAAACUGCUCGACUUAAGAUUGAUGGGACUGCCGAGACAGGAGAUUGGACUUAUAAACUUCAUAAUACACACUCAACGGCUCAGGUGCUAUCAAUCACAGUAACGUCUCGAGCGGCAUCUCUAACGGAACCUCCAGUAACUGUGAAGUCCUACUUAAGCAGUGAUACAAAUGCUUUUCCCAAUCCAAUAAUUAUUUAUGCAGAAGUCAGUCAAGGACUUUUGCCAGUGCUUGGUGCAAAUGUUAUGGCCACAAUUGAAUCACAGUCCGGAAGUGAGAAACUAGAGCUUUGGGACAAAGGUUCUGGUGCAGAUAUUAUCAAGAACGAUGGAAUCUACUCAAGAUACUUCACAUCAUUCAAAGACAAUGGUAGAUACAGCAUAAAGGUGCAUGUCCAAGGGAGAGAUGGGACCAGCCGACAAACUCGCCAAAGGAAUCACGCUCUAUAUGUCUCAGGCUAUGUAGAGAAAGGUGAAAUAAAAAUGAAUGCACCAAGACCAGAAGCUAGUGACAAUGAUACGCAAGCAAACCUUGGAAAAUUUAGCAGAAUUGCUUCAGGAGGUACUUUUGUAAUGUCAGGAGUGACUUCUGGAAGUCCUUCAGAUGCCUUUCCACCAUCUCGAAUCACUGAUCUUGAAGUAAAACUUAAUGAUGAGGAUGAUUUCCUUUUGUCAUGGACUGCUCCUGGAAAUGACUAUGAUAAAGGAAAAGCUGAAAAAUAUGACAUAAAAACGAGUGAAAAUCCUGCGGAAUUAAGAGAUACUUUUGAAAAUGCUACUUCUGUGAACACAUCUGAUCUGAAACCUGAUGCUGCUGGGAUCAAACAGACAUUUCAGUAUAAGAUGGAAAGCUUCACAAAAGAAAAUGGCACCGCAAUUUACUUUGCCAUUCGUGCCAGUGAUGGCAGCAACAAUACUGGAGAAGUAUCUAAUAUAGCAAGAGCAGUUGUACUUCUUCCUUCAGUGCUCACUACUACUCCACCCACCAAUCCUAGCUCUGCUCUGCCUACACCAACCAAACCUUAUACCACAAAAGCCACUUCUAGUUCGGAAGCUCCCAAUACUGAAACCCCUAAUGUGAUAAAUACGGUGACUGUAAUUGUUAUUAUAGUAUGCGUUGCUCUAAUUAUCAUUUGUGCUUGUAUAUGUAUAACUAUUUGUGUUUUGCAUAAGCAAAAAAAGGCAAACCCUGAAACUGUAAUGUAA